AUGAGAAGUGCAACACUUUCAGUUUUCUGCUCACUAUUUCUUACCCUAGCAGGAUUCUCACACACAAGGUCGCUACGGGAAUUCACACAUGAAGAUGCUAUCAGAGGUCACAAGGAAAAAAGAGAAGAGGUCUCCUUAAGUUUGGAUGCUUUCAUAGAAAACAUGAAGCAGGAUUUUCUAAGGAGUUUGAAUCUAUCAAAUGUUCCAAACCUGGAGAGGACAAAUUCAGAGCCUCCUCAGUACAUGAUGGAUUUAUAUAACAGAUAUGCCAAAGAUAAAAGUUCGAUGCCAAUGUCAAAUAUUGUUCGCAGUUAUCAAACUGAAGACAUUAUGAUGACAUCAUCAAUUGAAGACACAGUUGAAAGUCACAUUUUGCUGUUUAAUGCGUCUGUACCAAGUCAUGAAGAUGUUACUAGGGCAGAGCUUAAGUUUCACGUGACACUCAAUGACAGACACAUUGGACAACUGCUUGUUUAUGAUGUCCUCCAUUUUGAUCCAUCAGAAAAUCUCAGGGACACCAAAGCCUUGAUUGAUUCUAAACAAAUAGAUAAAAGCAAGUUGUUGACAAUUGAUGUGACUAGGGCAGUGAAGAGAUGGCUGAAAACUGAUCAGAAUAAGAACAAGUUGGAAAUUUUCCUGAAGACAAAUGAGUCCCUGGAAGCUCUUCCUAAAAGUGGUGUCACAUUAAAUGGUAGUGAUCCACCCUUACUUAUUGUGUUCUCUGAUGAUAAGUGUAACAAGAUGAAAGAAUCAAGAACAGAGUUAAGAGAAAUGAUAGCCCACGAGCCAACGAGUGGUAUUCAAACGUUUUACAAGGAUAUCACCAAUGAGAAACAAGAUGAAGUUAACAAAAAAAGAAGGAAAAGGAGUUUGAAAGACAACUACUGCCGUAAAACAUCACUAAUAGUGAAUUUUGAGGAGCUUGGUUGGAAUUCUUGGAUUAUAGCACCAAAAUCCUAUGAUGCAAAUCAGUGUAAAGGGGAGUGCUAUUAUCCAUUGACUGACAACUUAAAACCGACCAAGCACGCAAUAGUGCAGAUGCUUAUGCAUCACAAUAGUCCACAAAAAAUCAGGAAACCUUGCUGUGUGCCCACCCAGCUGGAGUCAAUACAAGUGUUAUACAAAGAUGAAAAUGGGGUGAUCACCUUAAAAAAUAAAUAUGAAGAUAUGAAAGUUGCUCAGUGUGGCUGCAGGUAGUAGGAAUUGUAUGUAGUCUGACAUGUUCCUUAUAGCUUCAACCCUCCUAAGACUGGAGAAGUAAAUAUGGACGAUGGAAGCUACCUAUUGUCCAUUAAUACACUUGAAGCUGAGACGUUUUUCUAUGGUAUAUGUGGUCCACAAGUAAUUUAUAUCACAUGAGUGCCAGACGUUUAUCUAAGUUUGAUGAGAUUAGAUAUAUCAGAAAGAUAAACUCCAAACUAGGGG